GUCUUGGUCAAGCAAAAGCAUGGCUUGGUCGCACAUUAGCAAAUUGCAUGAUAAUUUUGAUGACCUUAAAUAAGCGGUUUGGAUAUAGGCGAUCAAGGUUCGAAUCCUGCUGCCUUGCUCAUCUCAAUAUCAAUUAUAGGCGAUGGCAAAAUACCAUGAUGAAUUCAAUGCUAGCUUGGAUCUUGAUUCUCUUGUUAUAGUUAGCGAAAAUGCUUGCACUGGAAUGGACGACGCGGUUGAAUUUAAGGUUCCUCUUACUGUGGACGAUGUGGUGGAAUUUGAGGCCUCACCUUACGCUGCUACUGAAGCUUCCUGGCGUUUGAGCUUCUCAGGGGAUUUACACAAUGCGGAGAGAUUUAAUCAACUGGCGGUUAAUUCCUUGCCCUAUUACCAGCACAAUGUUUGCACGCAGAGUGCCUUCUGCAAAUACACUAAAGCUAAUUCAAUGGCCGUUGUAAAUUCUUUCAGAACUGGUCAGAUUUUGCUCAAGAGAUGUUUUAGGUUUUCUCAGAAAAAUCGAGAAGAGGAAUUUGACAACGCAGAUGUCCAUGCAAACUGUCCCUGCUCCUCCUUAUCAACACCAGCAAGCAAAAUCAGGGUUUCGGAACAAAUCGACAUUUGAUCACAUGUUAGCCGAGCGGAACAGGAGGAUCAAAUUGAGGCAGCACUUCUCAGAUCUUUGUUCUUUCUUGCCUCAAAUUUCUAAGAAAGAUAAGCAUUCAAUACUGGCAAAUACCACAAACUAUCUGAAGGAAUUAAAGCUUCGUGUUGCUGAGCUCGAACAAGAAAAUCAAAUAUUGCAGGAAUUGGUUUUCCCAAAUCAAGAGGAAGGAAGUCGCGGGUUCGAAUCAGCGGACCAACCAUAUGAUUUAAAGGACACAUUCAUUUAUAGAAGCAAUGAAGUAACUUUGGAGAAAUGCAAGGAGAUCCCCUGCCAAGUAAACAUGAAAGUAAGUUUACAGAAAGAUCAGUAUUCCUGGCCAACAAGUCUGCUGAUCAAGCAACUAGAUCUGAUGAAAAGAAAGCAACUGGAAGUCCUCUCAUUCCAAACACAUACAGAGCCAUUUCAAUUUUGCUCCAGCAUUCUUCUGAGACCCGAUGGUGAGGCCUGGAAUGUUUCUCAGUGGCAAAAUUUUGGCACAACAGUGAGAGAGUCCCUCUUAUGAGGAGCCAUGAAUGUAAGCAGGGAAAGAAAUAUUUUUCUGGGUUGACAUUUAGUAAUCCCCAUGCUAUUUACUUUCAUGGCUCAGAGCUGAAGAUCUUCAGGAAAUAAAUUUAUGUGACUGGCAUUAAAAAUCUGCCCACGAAAGCCAGUGGAGCAAAUCAAGUUUUCCAUUCUGGGAACAUAUUCCUCA